AUGCCUUUUAAAAAAGAUCUGCGACUUUUGUUGAAGCCUUACUAUUUUAUAAAUAUUUUACUUAGUCUUUCAUACAUUAUUUCCAAACGUAUAUCAAUUAUUUGUAAUUAUGUAUUCGCACAAGCUGAAUGUGAACUUGAUGGAAGAGAAACAGAGAUACUAUUUUUUCUCAUAAUAGUUAUAAUGAUAAGGACACGAAAAACUGGAAGUGUAACUAUGAUAAGCUAUUUAUCAUCCAGCUUUGUAUAUACUAAAGUUGCAAAUCUGAUUCUUUGGUUUUAUGCAGAUAUUCGUAUGGGAAUAAUAUUUGCUAUUAUAUUCAUUUUAUGCGGUUUAAUGUUUCCUGAACCAACAUAUCAAGGUCCAGAAAAGGUAACGUAUUUACGUGGUGCGAAUGGAUUACAAGAAGAACUUUACCGUGAUACAAAAGUCAUUUGGUUAGUUGCAUUCUACACAGCUUGGAAUCCAGCUUGUGUUAAUUUUGCACCAAUAUUCUCCGAACUUUCAGCAGAAUAUGCUUUAGAAAAUUUGAAAUUCGGAAAAGUAGAUAUAGGUAGAUAUCCAGAUGCUGCACUAAAAUAUCAUAUUAGUGAUGCUAGUACCAGCAAACAGCUUCCUACUUUAAUCUUAUUUAAAGAAGGUAAAGAAAUAGAAAGACGUCCACAUGCAGAUCAUAAAGGAAAACUGAUUAAAUUUCUUUUUUCAUUGGAUAAUAUAAAAGCAGCUUUUGAUUUAAAUAAUAUUUAUAGAGAUUGUAAAAAAAAUCCAAUCAAGAAGAAGGAAAAAAAAAUAGUAAAAACAGAGUGAUCUAAUCAGUAUUUCCAAAUGUUGAAAUGUUUACUAUCAUAGCACUGCCAAUGCGAUUUUAAAUGAAGAUUACUUUAUAUAGAAUAAUGGAGUUUAGAAUAAAAUGUCUUGCGCAAUUUCCAUUCAUAGCGAAACUGCAAAUAUUUUGUAAAUAUUCAUUAUAUUUUCUAUCAUUAUAUGUAUUUUUAACUUCACUAUAAGUAGAUAUUUCUUAAUAUAUUAUAGCUUAUUGUAUAUAAGUACUAAUAUACUGUAAUAUAAGAUAUUAGGUUAAGAUACUAAUUUAUUAAAUAAUUAUAUUAAUUGAAAUUAAAUAAAACAUAGAAGCACUAUA